AGCAUAAUAAAUAAUCAAAGAACUACAGUUUUGUAAGUAUAAACUUGAAAUAUUGCAACAGACAGUAUUAAUCAAGAACAAGGCCAACACAGACAUAAAAGGUGAUGGGCAUGAGUUUUGAGACAUGUUGUGAAUGACUCUCAGCUACCACAGCCAGCACAACAUCUGUAAAACUGACUGAGUUAUAAUGUCAGCUGUAGUGGUCAUUUUUAAUCUGGUUAAUUCCAAACAUCAAUCAGUUGCAGAUGCACACCCACUGAUCUCUUUCUGAAAGUUUCACUGAAAUCCUUUCAGGUGUUCGAGAGCUGUCUAAAAAAAACAGGGUUGACUCCAAAAAGUUAAUACUGAAGUUUUUAGGCAAAGGUCUCAUGAAACGAUGAACACUCGGAUUACUUGUUAGGGAUGACUCUCAGCUACUACCGUACCAACUUUUAGCUGAAUAACUAUAAAACUGACGGAGUCGCAGACAGUUUUGCUAUUUUAAGGCAACUUAGAUGUGGCGGCCAUCUUGAAUCAAGUCAACUCCAAAAUGUAAACAGUUUUAAAAGUGCAUCCAAUGACCCUUUCCUGUAAGUUUCAUUACAAUUCGUUUAGUGGUUCGUGAGAUAUUUUGCUAACAGACAGARGCACACGGGAGACGUGGGCAAAAAAACAUUAUCGCCCUCUCAAAUACAUGCUGCUUUGAGUGAGAGAAACAGACUUAAUUUUUGUGACCCCGCCCCCUAGACACAAACACGCGCGCACACACGGAGCAGCGCCCUGGUGAUGGAUGGAUGGACGGAUGCGUGACGAGGAGACAACAGGAGCGUCGCAUCCGGCCGUCUGGAGCGAAGGGGACCGACUCAUCUCAUCAUCAGACCCGCGCGCUUGGAAGACAAACCCCGGACUGUUUGUUUUCAUUUCCGCUUCAGGAGGAGGAGGAAGCUGUCAGGUGCGCCUCGCGCUCCACGUCAGGAGCUGCGUCUGCGCGUCAAAAAAAAAAAAAAAAAAUGUCGCCUCACCUGAGUGAUCUUGUCUCCUGCUGGAUUUCAUACCCCCCCACCACAGCUCGUCCUCGUGUUUCCUGAUUGAUCUUCAUGUCUUUGCCCCUCGCGACUGAAAGAACCCAGCAAAAUAAGAGGAUCGUUUGUUGUUGAUGCAGCCUUUCAUCCUGUGAUCACACGCGACUAUCAGAGGAUCCCCCCGUGAACAUCUACCGAGUGGACGAUGGAAAAUCCCUCACUAUGAUGGCAUAAAGGAUUGAGGAUUGGAGCCGUCUGGAGGAGACAACAUGGUUAUCACUGACCGAAGCAGCAGCACCCCUGUGCCUAAAAAGGACCCCCAGAAGGUGAAAAAAAGGAAGUCCCGCCCCCAUGGGCUCCCCUCCCCAGCUCUCUGCUGCGCCUGUGGUUUGUGCAUCAUGCUGGCAGGACUCAACAUCACCCUGGUGGGCGCGUUCGCCUUCAGCACGCUGGUGCCUUCCGCCAACCCCCCCAUCAUCAUCGGACCCGUCCUGCUGCUGGUGGCCUUCUCCUUCUUCGGGGCCUGCUGCGUGUGCAGUCGCCUGCCCCCUCCCCGCAGCUCGCGGGGGUCGAAGGCGGGCGGCCGGGGCGCGGGGCUGAUGGGGCACGGCGGGCUGGCCGGCGGCGCGGCGUUCGAGAUAGAGACCAGCGAGCACACGCUGCAGGACACCACGGCCGUGCAGCUGAGCCCCACGUCCUCGCGCGGGUCGUCCAGGGCCCCCAGCCCUGACGUGGAGUCCCCCGARGAGGCCCGGCCAGGACCGUGCAAGCUUUUCACCAUGGAAGCCAACGGUCCKGUGUCAGCCACCGCGGCGUACUCGGCCUCUGCCGCAGCAGACGGCGAGGUGAGGCUCAACCUGCCACGAGAGGAAGUGGCCGCCUAGUUGGGCCGAAACGUUUCCAAAGCCCGAGUUCUAGCAGUGUAAAUAUGCUUCUGAGUCCAGGGGGGCUUGCUGGAACUGAUUCUUCUUAGUGCCAUAUAUGGUUGUCAGGAGUUAUCAUUUAUAACACGUUUACUGUGCAAAAAAAUAGUUCAAAGCAUGCAAAAGUUAAAGAAACAUUAAAGGGAUCCCUGAUUAGUUGUAACAUUAGACUUUAUUUGAUAAACAUUUAUUUAAACUGUAAAAUAA